AUGCGUAUUCUGCAUCGUCUCUCUACAGAAGUACCGUAUUUUCAACCGACACAAGAUGCAACCGGACGGUCUGGUGUAUCUCCGCUCCAAAAAUGUACCGCAGCAAUUCGUCAACUGGCAUAUGGUGGUGGGGCUGAUACAAUUGACGAAUAUUUUACGGCCGGAAUAAUCCACUUGUUUGGCGAUCAAUAUCUAAGACGUCCCACACCGGAGGAUCUUCAAAGACUGCUCUAUGUCGGAGAAGAACGGGGAUUUCCAGGGAUGAUUGGAAGCAUCAACUGUAUGCAUUGGGAGUGGAAGAAUUGUCCCAGCUCUUGGAAAGGAAUGUAUUCACGAGGAACCGAAAAACCAACACUUGUGUUGGAGGCGGUAGCUUCUUAUGAUCUCUGGAUAUGGCACACGUUUUUUAGAGUUCCAGGUACUAUGAACGACCUUAAUAUUCUUGAUCGAUCACUUGUUUUUGAUGAUAUUAUUGACGGAAUAGCUCCGGAAAUCAACUUCCACGUCAACGGAAGAGAAUAUCAUUUGGCUUACUAUCUGACUGAUGGUAUUUAUCUGAAAUGGGCGACUUUAAUUCAAUCUAUCCGACUACCACAGGGUCCGAAAAAAGCUUUAUUUGCUAAAACCCAAGAAUCUGUGCGAAAAGAUGUUGAACGCGCCUUUGGAGUCCUACAAGCUAGAUUCGCCGUUAUGAACGAGGAUCAUACACUCUCCGUAAUAUUUCCGAAUUUAAUGAAGGAGAAGGAGAAGGAGAAGGUGUGGAGCGUUCAUAUUCCGUCGGUUUGCCUUCAAAUCCCGGCAAUACCAUUGAUCCUAAGAAAAGAAUUCAGGAUGAACAAACCCAUCAACGAUUAA